AGUGAGGAUUGGAACAGAGUUGCGCUUCUGGAGCGACAUGGAGACACCGCGGCUUUACGCUGAAGUUUCUUUCAAAUAAUUCGCCUUAAAAAAGUUACCCAGUGACCAGAGAUGUGACCGGAUUAGACACCUUAUUCGCUGUGGGAUCUGGAUCCGGAGGAUUUCGGCUCAUUAAAACUACACCUGGAAAGUUUUUUUCUUCUUCACUUUCGUUAAACUCGGACCCGUGAACAGGUGUGUGCAUUCAGGAGAAGACCUGUUUUGAGUAUGAGUAUAGGCGCCAGUCUCACCCCUACUGCCUUCGCUCCAGUUUUGGAUACAUAUCUUUGGCCCGACUACUGCAGCACAGUGCGCGUGUCCUCCUUUGUCUGUGAAGACUCACGCACAUGGGCGUCUCCGUUCUGUCCGGCCAAACCGUGUAGAAUGGAGCAGAAUCAGCCCAACGAACAAGCAGACCUGAGCGCUGAGACAUUUCAGCCUCAGCUGGAACUGUUCAGAAAGCUGGGCUUCUCCGACGCUCAGGUCCGAGCUGUGCUGCACAAGCUGGGCCUGGAAACGGACACUAACCGGAUUCUGGGAGAACUGAUCCAGGUGAGAGCGGCGGAGACAGACGGCUCUGUCAGUCCACCGACGCUGGUCCCGCAUGGUGAAAGCCAGAGGAAAAAUCACAGUGUGUCAGCUCAACCUGCUGAACAAGAGGACGCAGCUCAGGACGAAGAUGCACUCAAGCCAAUAGUGAUAGAUGGCAGCAAUGUGGCUAUGAGUCAUGGAAACAAGGAAGUUUUCUCCUGCCUGGGAAUCCAACUGGCUGUGAACUACUUCCUGGAUCGAGGGCACACUGAUGUUACUGUGUUUGUACCAUCAUGGAGGAGGGAACAACCCAGACCGGAUGUCCCGAUCACAGAUCAGCAAAUUCUCAGAGAGCUGGAACGGAAAAAGAUUCUGGUCUUCACUCCAUCAAGGCGCGUGGCAGGAAAGAGGGUGGUGUGCUAUGAUGACCGAUUCAUCGUCAAGCUGGCAUACGAUGUGGACGGCAUCAUCUUGUCCAAUGAUACCUACCGAGACUUGCAGGGGGAAAAGCCUGAGUGGAAACGCUUCAUAGAGGAGAGGUUGCUCAUGUACUCCUUUGUCAAUGACAAGUUUAUGCUCCCAGAUGAUCCACUCGGAAGACAUGGACCUACUUUGGAAAACUUUCUGCGCAAGACUCCCCGAGCUACUAAGAAACUCCCUUGCCCCUACGGUAAGAAGUGCACCUACGGGAUCAAGUGUAAGUUCAGCCACCCAGAGCGUGGCAAGCAAUCCCAACGUUCCUUGGCGGAUGAGUUGCGUGAGAAAGCCAAAAUGCCUGCUUUUUCCCAGAAACUGUCCUUGGCAAGCCAAAACCCUUCCCACGGAGCUCCUCUGGAAGAAGUGAUGGAACUAAAACUCACUCUCAAUCAAAAUGGACCACUCAGGAAGACUCACACCAGUGAGAACAUGCUGGUGGUCAAGACCACACCGCAGUCUACUUCAAGAAAGUCCCUUUCAAAGCGAGAUCGCUCCAGUCAGUACUCCCCUGCAAAUCCAGACUGCAUCUCUGCUUCCUCUCAGGAGUACCUGGACUCGGGCCUGGGCUCAUACGAAUGCCACGGUGAGCACCAGUCUGGAGGAGAGCAAAGAAUGUCCAAGAAUCCUUCUAACGGGAGGUACCGACAUCCUCCAACUUGCACCCAGUCCUUAAACCAAUCCAGUUUACAGUCCAAUACAAGUUACCAUCCCCACCACAUGAGUAUUGGUGCAUCCCAAAACCCAAGCAACAUGCCAUACUCCUACCCUCAGUAUCAGUCAUAUGGAAGAGCACCUUACCCAACAGGGAACUUUCACCAGUAUAGCGUACCCCAUGAUUAUCACCACAGAGGCAUGCCUCCUCCUCAAAGUGGCUACUGGUCUGAGCCAUACAAUCACUUCGGCCACGUGCCUCCAGGACCUGUGCAGGGUGACGGUGCUCGCUGGAACCAUCCAAUGGCAGAGAGGGAGCAGGUCAGGAAGAAGCUGCUAGCCGUUUUCAAUUCCUGUCUUGUGGACAGAGCAAUGGAGAUGUUCCCGAACCUCAUGGACCCUCAGAAGUUAGCUGUGGAGAUCAUCAACCUCCAGUCGUAUGAGGGGAUUUUGUGACUUUUGCUGCCUUGUGGUUGGCUUGUAAGAAACUUUACACACUAGAUAGUGUACAUAUGUAUUAACCUUCUACUGAAACAGUGGGCCCCUGGAACAAUUAUUGUGUAGAAUGUCAAUUUAGUUGAAAGCCUUUGAAUGUUUUAAGGCUGAAAUUGAAGGAGCAGAUCAUUAUACCUAACAUUUACUGGAUUUGUAUACUCCACACCUGAAGCCAUAAUCUACAUUUUACAUUUUUUAAAGUGCCUUUUCCUAUCCUAUUGCUAUUAUGAGUCAUAAUUGACAUAAAAAUCAGUGUCAUAAACAAACAGAUAUAAAACAGUUCUAGGAAAAUGCUCAGCAACAGGGUGACAUGAUGCUCUUACCUAUGAUUAUUUAGCUGUAACUGGACAAACCUCUCAUAUCCUGGCAAUUAGCCAACUCUAACAUAUUUUAUUUUUUAUAAGGGUUGCUUUUUAUCCAUUUAUAGUUAUGUUGUUGAAUGUCUACAAAACAGGUCAGGUGAAUCUGAGAUUUGAGAAUUCAUUAAGGUAAAAAUGAAAAAAAAAGAGGAUGUUUUGGUUAUUGGGCAAUGUACUCCAUUCUCAAUGGUUUAUUAGGUUUUGUAAACAUGUAAACAUGUAAACAUGUUUAUUUUGGUGAAUAUGUUCUCAGUAACCAGCCAGCUGAAGUGUUUUGAUCUGGAUGUGUAUUUCCGGUAUUGUUUUAUAGGCAUGGUGGUAUGCAAUCAUGUGGUAAUUGACUGUAAUACUGUAUAUCAGCUCUGUGUUUCUUAUUUAUGUGUUAUAUGUUUGCUUUCUAUUUUAGGAAACUCUUAGGCACUUUAAUGGUAAAGUUGUUUUUUAAGUGAAUAUAUCUUUCAGUGUUUAGUUUCUAAAUAGCCUUUAAGUGCCUAAUAUUGUUUGUUGGCACCGUGUGCCUGAAACAUCAAUGAAAGUCUGAAAACUACCUAAAACAGGUAGAUGAGUGUACACCCUGUGGGUUCUGGGUAUUUUCCCAAAUCAACAUAAUGCAAUAAAUCUUCUUAUAUAAACACUUUCUGAUUGAUAUCCUUGACGUUUAAUUGGCUCU